CUGUUCAAGAAACUGUGAUAAUGAAGCUGCCAUGAUCGAAAAAUUCGCCACUAAUGUUAAAAAGGAGCUGAUCAACUAUACGCCAUCAAGUGAUUUUGACGUUUUAGAGACGACGCAACCAUUCUUACACCUGAAGUCCGAUGACGUGAAUAUGAUAGGGAUUUGGGGUCCAUCAGGAAUAGGUAAAAUCACAAAACCAUGUAACGACAUCACGGAACAGCAAUUACAUAAUGAGAUUUUGCCUCGAAGUAUAAUAAACCCGGAGGAUGUCAAGAUUCAUCAUUUAGGAGUUGGGCAAGACUGGUUAAAAGACAAGAAGAGAGUGUUUGUUGUUCUCGAUGGUGUGUUUCAGCCGGCGCAACUAGAUGCCAUGGCGAACGAAGCUGGGUUGUGUGGUCCUGAAAGUCAGAUUAUCAUCACUACGCAAAAUAAAAAGCUUUUGAAUAAUCAUGGGAUUAGCCAUAUGUGUGAGGUGGGUCAGUCACCUGAUGAUGAAGCUUUUCAGAAAUAUUGCAUGAAUGAUUCAGGUCAAAAGUCUUCUUCAUCUUCAUCAGUUCCUCUGUCUUCUUUAUCAAAUAUAACAAAAGAUAAUAUCUGGUAGUAAAUUAUAUUUGUACAUGCUGUAAUAGGGCCGGAAAAGACUCCAUCUUGUAGGUCUUUAAUGAGUUCUUCCAAUUUCAUUUUAAAUACACGACAUUUCAUAUGUUCGUUCACUUCUUCUCAUUUUGGAUUUGUUGUUCUAAUAAUGAAAAGGUCCGAAUUUUCAUACCG